CUUAAAAAAAUUCAGAAAAACAGAAAAGUUAUAAGUUCCAAAUUUCAACACUUUCAACUGUCUCAAUCCAAAAUCCAAGCUCUAAUAAAUAUUAAUAUUGUGAGAGGAUGUAGUUUGACUUUAAAUAUUCGUGAACACGUGUUUAAGUUUAUAGUGUAAAAGACGAGUUGUUGCAUUGUUGGUGAGCGUUAUUAUAUAACUUAUUUCCCACACACUUUUUGAACUCUAUUCUAAUAUUCAUUAAUAGUAAGGGGAACCAUGCUUUCUUAGUCAACAUCAUGGUGUCACCCCAUAUUGUACUCUAACAUUUAAUAAAAAGUAUCAUAAUUUACUCUGGGUAUAAAUAUAAUUAAGUUUGGAAUAGUAAAGGCUAAAGACUAUAAUGAAGUCUGGAGAGGCAUCUCCCAAUUAUAAGGCUCAAGCUGGAGAUGAAAAGGUUGAUGCUGGGCCAUCCUAUGCUUUGGCGGUACAAAAUAUGAGAAAGAAUAUCCAGGGAAGCCAAACCUCUAGUCUUGAAAAGGAAGAAAACAAAGAAUGUAAACCUGAUAUAAAUCCACCAGAUAUAAAAGAAAACAAACAGUCAGUAAUUCAAACAACACAGUUAGAUGAUGAUGCUUCAUUUACCCCUGUGGUUAACAAUAGUAGGAAGGACAGAAAAAAUGAUAGGAAGAAACAAAAACAGUUGCUAAGUAAUUCUGAAAAACAUGAGCGGCCUCAAGAGAAAAAGGAAGGCCAUAGCAAUAAUUUAGCUCCAGGUAAACAAAAAAUUGAAAAAGAAGAAAGAGACAAAAGUGAUACACAAAGUGACCAAAAUAGUCCCAAAAAUGUAGAUGAAAAACUGAUUGACAAAAAGGUGGUUUUUGUUGCUGCGCCUUUACCAAAAGUGAAUCCAUGGCAGAAACAGGUACAUGUUAAACCAACACCAACUCCUCCACCUUCAGAGAAAAGUGUUUUACAACCCAAAAAUCAGGAAGAUAGUACUAGUGUCAGGGUUUCUGAGGGAUCAGUACCUUCAUCAUUGGUUGUUUCAGGAAGGAUUUUAACUAGCAAGCAAAGACAAAACUCAAAGGCUAGAGAAUUGACUGAUAUUUGUGACUGGCCGACACUAGGGGACAAUCAAGAGGUAGAGCAAGCAACAAACUCUUUGCCCAAACCAGUCCAGAUGAAAAAGCCUAGAUCAUUAACACCCACAAACUGCAGUGCACAAAGAGAACGAACCCAUACGUCGCUCGACCAGCAACAGGGAAUCUCUGAUGACAAAAAAAAGAACUUAAAACAUAAAUGGGUGCCACUUGACAUUGACUUAACCAAAGCCCACACAAACGAUCGACGAAGGAAGAACCAAAAUAACUACACUGAUGCUGAUGCUCGGUCAACUGUGAGUGAAGGCGAUCGAGAAUGGAGAGCUGAAAAUCUAAAUCAGCAUUCCAAUAAUAGACAUCCACUUAGACCGACCUUAUCUACCUCAAGAGGUCGAUGGCGUCCACGGGGAGGCCGCAUUGUCAAAUUUAAUCGAAGCAAUCAUGGUCCGAAUGAAGCUGGAGAUUUUAUAGAAAGUGGCAAUCUUCCACAGUUUUCCAAACGUCUAGGUACAGAUGAACAGAAUUUUGUUCCUUAUAUGGGAACCUACUACUUUAAUAGUAACAAUUAUCUUAACACCGAUUCUGCCGCACUAAAGGAAUACAUUCGGAAUCAAAUUGAGUACUACUUCAGCGAGGACAACCUGAAUAGGGAUUUCUUUUUAAGACGAAAAAUGGAUUCUGAGGGUUAUUUACCUGUAACUCUUAUUGCUUCAUUCCAUAGGAUUCAAGCGUUAACAAGCAACAUUGCUUUAAUAGUCGAAUCUAUUAGUUCUUCUGAUAAGUUGGAACUCUCAGCAGGUUUCAAGGUAAGAGCCAAAAAUGAUCCUGCGAAAUGGCCAAUUUUGGAUAAGAACAACGAUAAGGAACACGAGAUUAUAAGCAAAUUGUUGCCUCCACCUCCCCUUCCUAGAAGUAUACAGCAAAACCAAGAGAACUUAAAUCCGGACGUUGCAGAAUUUAUUCCCGUUGAAAAAGAAAAUUCAAAUUUAUCUAAGACUGGCAAUAAGGAAAAUGAGAAUCCUCAACAGAAAAAAGGUAGUCAUAAUGGUUCGAAGGAACUUCAGAUGACUAAAGACAUUGAAAGGGAAGAGGAAGCUGCUUGGAGGCAAGUGAAAAGAAAACAUAAAGACAACAAAAUUAAAAAGGAGCAAAAACCUAAACAGAAUGAAGUGGAAAGAGAGGAACUAGAAUUUCAUUUUGACGAAGAGCUUGAGAAUGUACCUAUUGGUAGGCAAAACACCUUUUCAAAUGAGUGGAUUAACGAUGAGGAUUCUGACGAACUAAGCGAUCGUGAUGUCAAUAAAUUAUUAAUAGUUACUCAAGCACCUUCUUCGAGGGCCCCAAAGCAUGAAGGUUAUGAUCGGACAGGAGAUUGGACUACUCGAGUUAAGAUGAGUCAGGAGUUAGUAAAAGCUAUCAAUGACGGUCUUUAUUACUAUGAAGAGGACUUAUGGCACGAUAUUGAUUUCGACAGAAGCUCUGUUGGAAGUUAUAAGACGGUCACUGUGAUUAGUCAGGAAGACUUUAAGAAAUUGGCACCGCCUGCACCUAAAAAGCCAAAUCCUGACGUCCCGCCUCCGCCACCACCAUUAUUUGAAUCGCAUGCAUCAACAAGCAACUUGAAUCAAUUAACAAAAAAGGGUACUUCGCAUAGAAACGUUCCUAGAUUUUAUGCUGUGGUCAAAGAUGAUUGUCCAGAUCCAACCACUCCCAGAAAGAGAAAAACUAGGCACUCUAACAAUCCACCGCUUGAACAGCAUGUUGGUUGGAUUAUGGAUGUUAAGGAACAUCGUUUGAGAACUACGUCAACAGGAAGUAGCUAUGGAGCAAGUCCAAGUGAAAGUAUAUUAGCAACCAGUUAUGGUAGUGUUCCUCAAUCUCUACCUACUUUCCAACACCCCUCACAUGCUUUAUUGAAGGAUAAUAACUUUACACAACAAGCAUAUUCUAAGUUUAGGCAAAAGUGUCUUAAAGAACGUAAGCGAUUUGGAAUUGGGCAAUCAAAUGAGAUGAACACUUUAUUUAGAUUUUGGUCAUUUUUCCUGAGAGAAAAUUUUAAUCGCACCAUGUACAAUGAAUUUAAGUCACUGGCUUUGGAAGAUGCAGAACAAGGCUAUCGUUACGGAUUGGAAUGUUUAUUUAGAUUUUAUUCUUAUGGUCUGGAAGUUAAGUUUAGGCCACAUCUGUAUGAAGAUUUUCAAGAAGAAACCAUAAGAGACUAUGAAAAUGGGCAGCUAUAUGGCCUUGAAAAGUUUUGGGCAUUUUUAAAAUAUUAUAAGCAUGGUGGACAUUUAACCGUCAAUUCCGUGCUUAAGAAAUAUUUAUCUAAAUUUAAAACUAUAGAAGAUUUCAGAGUGGUAGAGCCUCGCAUUAAUGAAAUAUUAUUGCCGCAUAACAAAGGAUAUCGACAAAAGUCACGAAAUCGUACAUUAUCUGAGAGUCAAGUAGCUGGAUCCAAUGCAUCAAGAGAUGGUCAUCACAGGUCAUCAAGAGAUAAGAAUGAUUAUAUCGCAAGUCAUUAUCCAGAACCAGGGACUAGUGCGCCAGUGAGCAGUAGUUUCAAGCACCCAAGGAGUCGCACACAUUCCUUUGGUUCCGGCCGUAUCCAAAAAGCUUCUCGAGGUCGAAGUGAUUCGUGGAGGGCCUCCUCUCGAGAGCUGCCGCAAGGAGGUACUACGGAAGAAAUACAGUCUAUUGAAGCAGAAAUGGAAACAAAAUAAAUAUUAAUUAGUUUUUUGAAAAGAAAAAAUGCCUGUAAAAAAGUGUAUUUAUAUAUUGGUGCCAUUUUACAUCAAUGUUAACAUAAGAAAGAAUAUGUCAGGAGUUUCUUUUUUUGUAUAAAUAACUGUUGUAGGGUACUAGUUUUCACAUAUAUUUUUUAUUAUCAAUUUCAAAACUACUGGAACAUUUAACAAUGUCACUUUUCAUUUCGUGCGUUGUUAACUUAAAAUAUUUGCUUUUAUUGUUAUCAAAUAGCUUGAGUUCAUCGUUUGUUAUAAAAUAAAAAGAAAUUUAAAUAUUUUUUUUUGAAUAAAUAAUUUACGGAGUAUUUUACUACAAUGUUUAAGAAAAGCAGAGUUUAUUACAGCAGACAUUAUUACAGUUCUACUUAAUUACAAUAUAUUAAAAUUACUUUGCAUAUACAAUGUGCUAAAUGUUUCUGGGAUACAAAUAAUCUACAAAACAGUGUUGUACAGAAUACUUAACAGACCGUUGUUUACUUUACGAUAAAUUUGCACAACGUUUUGCGCUUGGGGAAAAAAAUUAUUUAAUUAAAGAGAUGAAAAAUUAAACUAAAAAUCUUGAUGUGGAGCUGAAUAAGUUAAAUAAUGUUUUUUCCUUAGAAUAAUACUUGGAUUGAUCUAAAUGAUGUUAGAUUUAAUGGAUAUUUUGUUAUACUCAUCCUUAUUAACAGAUCUAAAAAUUAUAUGCUUUUCCAAAUGCACCUUAUAAAUUAAUUUUGUAUAUACAGGAUGAGCCUGCCGAAUGUAUAUAUUUUAUUUAGAUAUGGAGCAUGCCCUAGGAUUUACAUGGUUUGUAAGUUUUGAGUUUUUGUUACAAGUUUAUUUUAACCUAGAUCUAUGUAAGACAAAAUUUGAGCUAAAAAAACUUUUUUUACUAACCUACUAUAUUUAAUAGGUGUAUAUUUAUAGCUUCUAUCGGACGAUGCCGAAUUGUUUUAAUUUAAUAUUAAUUAGUAAAUAUAUUGCACUAAUUUGGUUUAUUUAACGCCUUAAUUUUUUAUAUUAACUUUUUUCAAUGUUUUUAUGAGAAAUAAUAAACAUAAAGUAAUUUUGUUAAUACCUGCUUUUACACAAUUAUAUUAGUAAACAUAUAUUAUUUUCUUCUUACAUACAACAAAUUUAGUAAAGGGAAGUAUUUUUGUGUAAUAUUUCAAAGCCAAGAAAAACAUAAUAGAAAAUGCGAGACUGGAAAAAUAUGUAUUUCUAAAUCAUAAAAAAAAAUAUAUUAUAACCCAUUGCACAAGCAAAUUAAUAGAUAAUUACAAAUUAAUAGAAAAUAAUAAUCCCUUAGUUAUUUACUGAUAGAAAAUUAAAAACUAUAGCAGUAUUUGGGCAUUAUUAAAAGUUUGUAAAGGCGUUUCUAAUGAAGACUAAAGAAUAAUUAAUAAUGAACUUUUAGUGGGGUUGCAAUCAUUAUAUAAAAAAGCAUUCAUUGGCUUAUAUCCCACAUCCGCUGGCAAAUCUACAUUAUUAAUUCUAAAUUAUCGUUUUAAAGUUAAAUAUCAGAUAGAUUGGGCCUUUAUGUGGAAAUUGUAUAUACAGCGUGAAUCUGUAACUUAACUCUGUCCAUAACCUCCUUUUGUAUUCUUGUACCUAUUUCAAUCUUCUGUUUUUCAGUUAAAUAAGGCAUUGCGCUUAAAUUUAAAAAAAAACCUUAAAUCUGAUUAUUUGAGUUAUAAUUGUCAGUUACCAAGUAAAAGACUUUACACUCAAGACAAGUUUUUUAACAAUGUUAAAAUUCACUACUUUUACUCUUUAAACGAUAUAGAUGGCGUCGUUUUUCCCUACAAAAAAAAAUUACAAAAAAGCAAUACUCUUAAAAUUAUAUGGUUCCAAAAAAAAAUCUAUUCACAAUAAUGUAUCUUACGGUAUUAUUCAGUGAAACCAAGUGGUUUAAAAUUUUCAAAUAUUUUUUUAAGAGCAUAUAGAAAUUAGCAAUAGACCUCAUUUUUUAAAAAAUCAUCGAUCACAUUAUAACAAGUAUUUCACUGUAUAUUUAAGGAUUUACUUGUAUUUUGUGGGACACACUGUAUAUUAAAUUUUACAUAAAUCGUUAAAAACGAUUUUCUAGUACGUUUAGGAUAAUACUUAAGAGUAAAUGGACUACAUUUUAAACAUUUGGUAAAAACCUUUUUGAGUAAAACAGAUUUUAUAAUUUAUAUUAAAUAAAUUUUAAAAUCGUAAAUAAAUAUAAAAAAUAAAAAUUAAAUUAUCUUGAAAAGGGCUGAUCACAUAAACAUCAAACUUUGCAGCUAUGUAUAAUUUUAUAAUUUAAUACGCUAACUACUGAAUUUAUUUUACACUGUAUUUAUUCUACGACUCACAUUGAAUGAACAGAUAAUAUUAAGUGUUUUUUAAUAUAAAUUAAAAUCACGAAAAUCAAUGCACAUGCUGAUCAUUAAUAAUUUAUCUUAAACAAAAGGAUGGUGGCUUUUAGGAACAUUAAAUGAUUAAAACAUAAAAUAAAUAAAUCGAUUUGCGCCAAACGCCAAUAGAUAUAAUUUUAAAUUGCUUAUAUUAUAUUGCCUAUUGCUUUAAUACUUUUUUAAAAAAUAAUUUUAAAAUGCCUUAAGAAUAUAUAAUCAAUCAGCAUUUUUGUCAAAUAAUAAUACAAAAUGUAUAUCUUUUACUUAAGAAAAUAAAAACUUUUGGCAACAACCAACAAAAUUGACAAUAAAAUUAAAAACUUUAAUUUAUACAAUAUAUGGUAUUUUUUAUAGUAGGUCUAUAGUAGUUAGACGAAUUAUAAAUUUUAAAUAAUUUUCACCUGAUUUAAGCUUCUUAAGUUAUGCACUGGCGUCUUGCAGCAGUCACAUUUAAGAUAAAUCAAAAUUGAAAUAAAAUUAUAAUGACUUUCUCAGUGCGGACCUGAUUUUAGUCACUAGUUAUAUUUUUAAACGGCACAGUAAAAACCCUCUUAUAAAACUCAAUUUGUUGGUAAAGAAUAAAAAGUCGAUAAACUAAAUAUGAAUCCCCUAGACGCUGCUUUCGUUCCAGAUAAAGUCUGUAUAUUUAAUUCUGAUUUGUAAUUUUCUAACAAAAAUAACUAACUCAAAACAACGAAAAAAAAUAUUAAAUGAGCGGGAAAUACAAUUAAAUAAUAUAUCAAAUAUCUGUAAAAAUAUAUUGUUAUAUUGUAUAUACUGUUUUUAAUAAAAAAAAAUAUUUCUUGCUAAAUUAUUUCAAAGAAUGGUGUGCAUAUAAAGACUUAAUAAUUAUAAACUUUCCUUAGGACUAGUUGCAGUGUUUUAUUUACUAAUUGCUUUAUGGCCUUGAAAUGGAUACUCAUUUGUUUUUAAUCUCAACAUACUAUAUAUGAGAUUUUUUUAUGUAAGCUUUUUAAUUGUGGGUAGUUCAAUCAUAGCGGUCAAUUUUAUUAUUACUGCAGAUAAACUUAUAAGAUAUAAUAUUACCUAGUUGCCUUUCUUAUAUAUAUUUUUAUAAAUAGGAUAUUACUUUAAAGAUAAAUUUUUCUAGCUUUACUUUUUGGGGUGAUUUUUCAUGUCGCUAGAUUUGUUUUUUUUUUUUGUUCAUACGUAUUUGGAUAAUAUUAUUAUUUUUUUCGGCAUAAAAAGUCGCAAGGAGUUUUUUGUAGUAUAGGUGGCGCAUUUAAGUUAUUGGACGUAUUUUUUGAUUUCAAAAAAGUUAUAGUAUAAAAAGACUUCGCAAGUUUUAUACAACAUUUUAAAAUUUGAAGUCAUAUAAAUAACAUCCCAGAGCUUUAUAUAGAUUUACCUGAAAUUUAUUUGACUACAGUUUUUAGUAGAGGGCUUUAAUUAAAUUUUUCAUUAUGAAAAUACUUCAAUGACCUUUUAUUUUCGAGAACACACAAACCUCAACACUUUUAUUUUAGAUAAGGUCUGUUCAAUCACAAUAACUCAGUUAAUCAGAAUUUAUAUCGACCAAGUGUGUUAUGUCCUCAGAUAUUCGCCUGCCUAAUUUGAUGAAAAUGAUUUAUUUAUAUUAAAAAAUGAAAAGUAAGAUUAAAAAUCGGCAUGUAUUAUUGUCAAGCAGUAAAUAUAAACACAAAUUAAUAUAUAAUACCAAUUAAUGACAUAAAAAUAAUUUUUAUUUAUCUUUAAGUGCCCCAUGUAAACACUUUUUUUGAUAAAAUAAAACGACGAAGCAUUCCAUGAUUUAAUUUAAAUUAAUAUUGUUGGUUGAGUCUGCACAAAUCUCUUCUUAAAUUAUAAAGACUUUUUUUUUCUUUAAAAUAAUAAUGUUUAGCUCUUAAAAAAGCCGUGUCUCAUUCAUUUUUUAUUGGUAAUUAAUGGGUUACGUCAAAUAGACGAUAAAAUAUUUUAAAACAUACAAUAAUGUGAUAAUAUAAAUUUCUUUAAGUUGCUCAACUCCUUGCAUUUAGGUAUAGAUAUAUUAUUUAAAAUAAGCUAGGCGUAGAGCGUGUUGUGAAAAUGCUAGGUGUUAGUCGUCUUCCAGUGGCACCUACAAAAAAAAAUUAAAAAUGUAUCAAAAAGCCUAA